AUGCCUGUCCACCAGCAGCCAGUCCAGGUGGUGACGAUGCAGAUAACCACGGUCCACGGCCCUGGGAGUUGGAGCACCGGCCUCUGCGACUGCUGCAGUGAUAUGGGAACCUGUUGCUGCGGUCUCUGGUGCUUCCCCUGCAUGCAGUGUCAGACAGCCUCUGACCAUGGCUGGUGCCUCUGUAUGCCGCUGCUGGACUUCUGUGGUGUGGUGUCCUGCAUACUCCGCUCCUCCAUUAGAAAGCGCCACAAUAUCCCCGGUGGGUGCUGUGAUGACUGCUGCAAUGUAAUGUGGUGUUACCCGUGUGUGUGGUGCCAGAUGAAUCGUGAGCUGAAGAUCAGGCGCAACCAUUAGCCAAACCAGCUGAGCCGCCUCUGUGGCUGGGAAGAGAUGGGCAGCCAUUGCUGGGAAUUCCUGUACUCAGACUGAGAUUUGGCUGCACACGUUCUCCAGCCUCUCUAUGUGACAAGCCAUGGUUGAUGAUGGUGGCUCGUAUUUCAUCUGUCACCCUAUCUCUGGCCCUUCUUUGAGCCCCACCACGAAUUCUAACUCUCCCUUUCCCUCUACCUCUAGGCAUUUUUCUCACUUGUUUUUUGCAAGUCCUCCACCUUGUCCCUUGUCUUAUCUUUUGUUCUUUUCCCUCACAAGAUCCGCCUAUAAAUAUUGGUGAUGUGAUUGAAAAAAGCCCAGCACCUGAGCUGGGUGAGAAGAGAAUCAGCUGUGAUCAAUGUAAUCUUCAAUUCAUUAGUUUUGAACAUGAGGUUUUCUGUUUUGACAAACCGUGUGACAGCAAUUGAAAGUUCACCAGUUAACAUCAACUGUUUUGGUCUUGAUUGAGCUUGUCUGUAAAAGGAGUUAAAACUAAUUUUAAACGUUUAAAAUGUGUGUAUUUUGUGUCAAAAGAAGAAGAAUUGUGUUAAUUGUAUAGCCCACACAGGCUGAUGUUGUGGUAACUGUGUGAAGAGUUUUGAAAAAGUGUUAAAAGUAUUGAACAACGGGUUAUAGCGGUUGUAAAAAAACUGUAAGAGAAUAUGCUACAGUUAUAGCUAUGAUUGAUGUUGAUAUCUAACAAUAUGGAUUGAGCCUUUCCACAGCAGAAAUGUUGACGUGUCAUUGGGAAAGCACAGGUGUAUUUAAUUUCAUUAACCCUCUAGAGUUUGGGGCUAUUUUGUUGGUUUUUCAUUCUGUCUGUAUAUAAACCACUUAAAAAUUCUUUACCAUGCCAUGUUGGUAUCAUUGUUUUCAGCACAACCUCACCUAUAUGACCAUUAUUAUUAUUAUUAUUAUUAUUAUUAGUUUUUUUUAUUUAUUUUUUUUUUCAUUUUGACUUACUGGAUGAACAUUUUGAGCACAAAAAACACACACAAAAAUUA